AUGAAUAUCUGUCUGCAGUCAGCACAAGCCCAGGCCGCCGCCGUAGCUAGCGGUGAGAUAUCGGCGGUGGAACUGCUCGAGGCUACCGUCGAUCGGUAUGAGCGCUUGAACCCUGCGAUCAAUGCUGUCGUAGUGACUCAACUCGACGUCGCUCGCGAACGAGCCUCGGCGGCUGAUGCAGCCACGGCGGCGGGUGAAUCGUGGGGCCCACUGCACGGUGUGCCCAUGACCAUUAAGGAAGCAUGGGAUUGGGUUGGAUCGCCAUCGACCAGCGGGCACGAAGAGCUGGUCGACUGGCGGCCCGAGCGUAACUCCGAGGCCAUCGAUCGACUGCUGGCUGCAGGCGCGGUCAUCUAUGGCAAAACGAAUUUGCCAGUGUCGAUGGCGGACUGGCAGACGUUCAAUCCGGUGUAUGGAACCACGUCGAAUCCUUGGAACACCGACCUGAUACCCGGAGGUUCAUCCGGCGGUUCUGCCGCCGCCCUUGCCGCGGGCCUCACCGCUCUCGAAAUCGGCAGCGACAUCGGUGCAUCGAUACGCAAUCCUGCGCACUACUGCGGCGUGUUCGGUCAUAAGCCCACCUAUGGGCUGGUUCCGAUCGCUGGCCAUGGGAAUCCUGGCAGCCCAACAAUGCUCGACAUUGGCGUUGGUGGGCCCAUGGCUCGCUAUGCGUCGGACCUGUCGCUCGGGCUGGACACCAUGGCAGGUGCCAGUGGCCUCGAUGCGCGUGGCUGGAAUCUCGAGCUGCCGGCGCCUCGCAGAACCAACCCGCAGCAGCUGCGUGUCGCGGUGAUGCUCGAGAGUGAUUGCUGUGUCGUGCAGGAUGGCGAACUCACCAACCAACUGGCGGCUACCGUCGCCGCCCUCGGCGAGCUCGGCGUGUCCGUCGACUACGACGCUCGGCCCGACAUCGAUCUGGAGCAAGCCCACCGCAACUAUAUGAUGCUGCUGCGCAGUGCGACCGGAUCCGAAUACCCAGCCGAUGCUUACGACGCCCAAGCCGAGCACGCCCGUCGUUGGCACGGUGGCGACCGUGACUAUCGGGCCGUCGCCGCCGCCGGGAUCUCGCUAUCACAUUGGGAGUGGGCGCGCUAUCACCGCGCUCGCGAAGAAGACCGACUGGCGUGGGACUCGUUCUUUGACGACUAUGACCUGCUGCUGUGCCCUACGGCGGCAUCGGCGGCCUACCCCCACGACCACGAAGGCGAACGAGCCGACCGCACCAUUGCUGUCAAUGGCGGGCAGCAGUCCACCGUUGACCAGUUGUUCUGGGCUGGAUUGUCCUGCGGCGUCUAUCUGCCAGGCACGGUUGCGCCCGCUGGUCUGACCGCCUCGGGUGUGCCCUGCGGUCUUCAGAUCGUUGCUGGUCACCUCCGCGACCGCGAGAGCAUCGCCUUUGCCUCCUUCAUGGAGCGCGAACUCGGCGGCUAUCAGAUCCCGCCGGGCUACGAAUGA